AUGGACCAAGCGUCUUCAGCUGUGUCACAAGAACCUCCAGCACAGAGUGGCAACAAUAACAACCCUCCCGAGAGUAAUGCAACUCCCACACCAACAAUCUCUAUUGAGCCCACAAGCAAUGGAGGUGGUGAGCCGACAUCAGCACAACCAUCACCAUCAGAGGUGCCAUCCACUGUAUCAGACCAAACCCCUGCACCAACUUCUUCAACGCCAGCAGUAGAAUCAUCCACCAAUACAAGCCCGACACCUACCGGCAAUACUGAUUCCAAUGCACCAGCUAGCACAACACAAAAUCCAUCACCAUCACCAACCGGGAAUAAUGGUGGACAACCCACAAUUGGACCAUCGAAUGGAGGUGGUGGUGGAUCACAUACGAACAAGGGAGCCAUUGCGGGAGGUGUUGUUGGCGGGGUAGUUGGGGUUGCAUUAAUAGCACUUGUACUGUUCCUUAUAUGGCGGCGACGACGACGAUUGGGACAAGCUCCGAAGAAUGCUGAUGAUUUCAUGUCACAGCCUUAUGAUGAUGAUUGGCGACGACAAGAUGGCGGAGGUGGUGGUAGAGGUGGAUGGAAUCAACAACAGCAAGGAAGAUUAGGACCUACCGUGCAACAAUUUCAACCACUUUACAGCACCAGCAAUAAUGAUAUUCCAGUAAACAAACCUAAUGUGCCAAUCUACAAGCCUGAUGAUCCUUCAAGAACGACCCAUAAUGCACGUCGGCCUUAUCCCCCUUCACCUAUAGCUCCCGAUGAUGAUCCACAACAACAAGCAGUAGGAGAAGGAACAUCAUCAGCCAAUCCCAACAACAAUAGCAGUACGAGUGCGGCUGCAGGAUCAGCUGCAACUGAACCAGACAAACCAGAUGAAAGACAUGAUGCAGCAGCAUCACCCAUAUAG